AUGGCGCUGCUGAGCUCUCUGUUGUCUCUUGUGCUCGCUGGCCUCGCUGCUGCCAGGCAGUGCUCCAAUUUCCUCAUACCCGUUGAUAUCAAUUCGCGCCAGGGACAGUUCAAGGAAAUCACAGUCGAGAGCAACCUGGACGUCGGAGGGUUUGCGACCAAGUUGAACGAGUUCCAAACGAAUUACACUGCAACUCUACUGGAGGGGUAUCAGACUCUGUCGGGUACCUUUCAGAUCUCUGCCCAAUAUUGCCGUCCAGACCGUGGAAGCAGCGGAACCAUACAGGUCUUGACGCAUGGCAUUGGAUUCGACAAGACGUACUGGGAUCUCGACUAUGACAACUAUGCAUACAGUUAUGUCAACACAGCUCUGGAGGCUGGCUACAGCACGCUGGCCAUUGACCGCUUUGGGAUCGGCAAUUCAUCUCACGGCGAUCCGCUCAACGACAUCCAGGCUCCAGCGGAGGUGGAAGCUCUCCAUGCCGUUACAUUGAAGCUGCGUCAAGGCAAAAUCAAGCAGAUCGAUAGUGCGUAUGGCAAAGUCAUCCACGUCGGUCAUUCCUUUGGCUCUGUGCAGUCAUACUGGCUAUCUGCCCUCUACCCCAACAGCACCGACGGUGUCAUCUUGACCGGAUACUCUGCCGCAGGUUCCUUCCUGCCCUACAUCGUCGCGGGCUGGAACCUGCAUAGUGCUCGCCUCAACCAACCGCUCCGCUUCGGAAACGCAUCCAAUGCAGUAGUGAAUAAGCUGGCGGCCCAGUACGGCCUCAAAACAGACCUUGCGGCCAGUCUACAGAAGCUUCUCGUCCAGGGUGGUGUCAAUCUAAGCCUCCAAGAAGUUGGGGACAUUGUCUCCUCGACAGAAAUCCUAGAUCUCAUCACCGGCUACAACACCAGCGUAAUCUCCUACGACUACCCCCCAGGCUACCUCACCUCCUCGGACCUCACCGCCCUCCAAUACGCCUUCCUCUACCCCAAAAUGUACGAACUUGGCCUCGCCCUCGAAGCCGAACAGACCAAACAACCCGUCACCACGGGCGAGCUCCUCACCAUUGGCAGCGCACCCGCCUCGUCUCCCUUCUCCGGCCCCGUCCUCGUCAUCACAGGCGAGUACGACGUCCCGUUUUGCGGAGGAAACUGCUACGCCCAACUCCCUGGAUCCAACACCAAGACGGCGAGUAUCCCAGCCGGCGUAGCGGAAGCCUAUCCCUCGGCCAGCUCGUUUGAAGCGUAUAUUCAGCCGGGCACGGGCCAUGGGUUGACAUUUCAGCGCAAUGCGACGGCAGGGUAUGAGGUGAUUCAGCGGUUUCUGGCGGAGAAUGGGCUCGCAGCUAGUUGA